UGACGUAACGCGCAUGCCCCAAACUACUUCCUGUUUAGCUAGCACUAUUUAGCGAUACUUUUAAUACUUUUUACAAACUCACACAUCUUGUGCCAGUUGGACGUGUUAGUAUUUAGAUUCCUUCAUAUAUUUGGAGCCAGUGCGCGGCUGGAGUCACUAGAAUCUGCACGUUUCAUGUUUCAUGGACUAAAAAUACGCGCGCUAUUUGCAGCCGAUGCUACAUGCUAACAGCUGCUAUACACAUGCUACAUGCUAACAGCUGCUAUACACAUGCUACAUGCUAACAGUUGCUAACAGCUGCUAUAUUUGGGCUGUGGCGUGUUGGAGCUGAGGUGAAAUGGCUGAAUCCGUUGCAAAUGUGGCUCGUAGGAUCAACGCUACAGUCGAGGAGGGGAAAGAUUAUCUGGAUCUGUCAAACUGCCACCUCAUCUCGUUCCCUGACGGUGUGUUCAAGGUCCUGAGCAGCGUCACAGGAAACAUCACAAGUAUUUCUCUGGCCGAUAACGAGAUGAAAGCCAUCAGCAGCAAAUUCUGCACCAUCUUUACACAGCUCAGAGAGCUGGAUCUCCACGGAAACAUCUUGACCAAACUUCCUGAUGCUGUGGUCCAAAUGGAGAAUCUGAGCAGUUUAAAUCUGUCCAAAAACAACUUCACUGAGUUUCCUAUAAAACUGACAGAGGUGAGGGCGCUGGAGCGGAUCGACCUGGAGGGGAACAGCAUCACCGACGUCCCGGUGGAGCAGCUUUUCUCGAUGUCUUCUCUGAAAUGGCUCAACCUCCGAUCGAACCCUUUAAGCGACGUCGCCCGCACAGCGCUGCAGACUCCUCACCACUUUGAACUCUUGAUUUCUGAACCUUAAAAACACAUCGGCGCAGACUCCGCGACGUGCAUGACGCUGUGUGCCUUUUCAAACUGUUACCAUGGAAACGUUUGCACCUUAAGACUCCGACUCAGGAGUGAACAGGGGGCUACCUCAGAAUCUGCUGCGUUUGUGGUGGAACAAAGUGACAUCAUUAUUACUGUGACUUUUCUUUUUCUUUGAGGCAUUUAUAUUAAAGCCACAGUAUGUAACUUAAAGUAAAAGUAUGUUUUUUUCAUUUUAGAUGCUUUUAUUUCACUGAAAAACAUGUGCUCUUACGCCGAGCUUCUUGCAUCUCCACAGACCGGACUCAUAUUUGGUCAGCUUGCUUAGUUUCCAUGGAAAUGUCAGUUUCGCUAUAAUCUUCCGCAGUAUGACAUAAAUCUUAUCUAUCUCCAUGGAGAAUGUUCCGCAGUAUGGGUUUAAUUUUCUGCUUCCAUGGAAUCAUGCAGUUGUUACGUACUGUAGCUUUAACUCAAAUAAAAACUCACUUAAUUUACUGAUUUUAAAAUAAUGAAACGUGCCUCUAAACUGACGCUGAAGUGCUUUCUUUACUGAGCUGAGCAUUCUGGGAAACUUGGCAUAAAGUUGUGUUUUUAUUUUAUUUGAGAUAUUUAAAAAAUGUAUUUAUACUGUAUGUUUUUAUCAUGGUAUAAAGCUGCUACAUGG